UAUUCUUACAAGAUAAUAACAUUCUUCUUUUAUUUUCUUUUUUUCAAAAGAAAGAAAUUUUAAAAUUAAAAAAAUUGAAAAAAUUAUUGUAUACAGAUAUACAAUACUUUAUAUUUCGUAUUAUUUUUCUCAAUAAGUACAAUUUUUAUUUGAUAUAUUUUUCACAUCCUUGAAAAAUUUUUUUGAAGGAUUUUUUGAAAUUUUUUUAUUCUCUUCCUCAAAUAUUAUUUGAAUUUUUGACAACAUUGAUUUGUAAUUAUCAAUUAUUUGUAUAAUCUUCUAUUUUUGUAUCUUAUUAUUGUUAUAAUAGUUUAGUUUGAACAAUGUAUAACGCGAAUAUCUACAACACAGUAAAUGAAAUUUACCUUGGAUGAAAACGUAUUACAGUUUUUGUUUAAAAAUUCAAAAGACUUCAAAGAUUUCGAUUGAAUGAAAAAUUUUCACUAACAUUAUAUUUCAAUUAUCGAGAUCAAUAUUUCAGAGUAAUCAAAGUCAUUGAUUUCUAACAUGAUUGAUGCCUUAGACACUGCUAUUAUUUUCUUAUCUACGAAAUAAUAAUAUCAUACUUUAAAAACGAUAUCUUAAUACAUACCUGUAUGAUGAAAAUUGCACAUUUGUAAAAUGUAGAAUAUUGAGUUAAUUAUCCCUAUUUUCUAUGGUUCUAUAAAAAAGAGUUUAGACGAUGUUUAUCGAAACAGUUUUAUGAACAGUGUGCUACCACAUUGAUUGCAAUAGAUUUUUUGAAUAGUUUUCCCGUUUCAAAAAUUCGUAAAUCUAAAUAGUAAGAGAAAAUGAGUAGUAUAUCAUAAUUUUUAUGGUAUAACUUUAUCACAAUAAUUCUAUCUAUUCGAUAUUCGUUAUAAACAUUUUAUUUGUUCGAGAAAUUGCAUUGGAAUUGAGUUGAAAUAUUUUAUUUUAUUAUGAUAUAUAAUUUUUCCCAAUAUUUAAUAGUUAUCUUUUUUUGUAAAUAAUUAGAUAAAAUUUUUAAUUUAAACGACAAUGUUCAGUGUUACAGAAGAGCAACGAACAAGAAUAUAACGCAUUCGAUAUUGCAUAUUAUAAAACGCUCAAAUUAUAUUUAACGAUCUGUGGGAUAAAUCCGUAUCAAAAUAAUAGUAUUAGUAUAAUUAUAAUAAUCAUGAUAAUCUCCGUUUGCAUGAGCUUUCUUUGUCCAACGUCUAUACAAUUAUGGGAGGCCAUAAGUAACAAAGAUUUCGAUAAUAUCAUUCAGAAUAUACCUCAAGUAAUUACAGUAAUUAUCAGCAUGAUAAAGAUAUUAAAUAUCUAUUCUAACAAAAUACAGUUUAAAAAAUUAUUUAACUCUUUGGUACAAGAUUGGAAAUCAUUAGAAUCAAAGGAAGAAUUAAUCAUGCUAAACAAAUUUACUCAAUAUGGUAGUAAACUUGCACUCCUGUACAGGAGAACUUUAUUAACAUUUCUUGUAAUAUUUCUCUCUCUUCCUUUAUGUAAUCCCAUUCUAGAUGUUAUUUUACCAUUAAAUGAAACUCGACCACGACAAAAUAUAUUUAAUGUUAAUUAUAUAAUCUUAGACAAUUAUGAAUAUUUUUAUAUCGUAUAUAUGCAUUUAUCUUGUUCUGCGGCUAUUAUUGUGAUAAUAAUAAUUUCAGUAGAUUCGUUAUAUAUUUCUAUUAUUUAUCAUGCUUGCGGAUUGUUUGCAGCAUGUGGGUAUCAGAUUCAAAAAUUAACAAAAGUUCAUGCUAUUGAAAAAAAUGGACCUAACAUAAGCAACAUUGAUUACGAAGAAUUCAAACAAUGUGUGAUAAUGCAUUAUAAAUGUCUUCAACUUUACGAUGUACUCGAGAAGUGUUGUAGAAAUUUAUAUUUGAUCCAGAUGGGAUUAAAUAUAAUGAUUAUCAGCGUGACGUGUGUUGAAGUAGUUGUAUUUUUAGAUCGACCAGAAGAGGCCAUCAGGGCUGUUAUUUAUGUUAUCGCUCAACAAUUUCAUUUAUACGCUAUUAGUUUGCCUGGAGAAACAUUACUCAAUCAAAGCUCAAAAUUAGCUGAUAAAAUAUAUGAUUCUGAAUGGUACAAAAUACCAAUGAAAGUUCAAAAAGUGCUUCAUAUAAUGCAAAUUAGAUCCAACAAACCAUGUAUAUUAACAGCAGCGGGAUUAUACGAAAUGAAAAUUGAAAGUUUCGGAAUAACAAUUAAAACAUGUAUGUCAUAUUUCAUGAUGUUUUUAUCAUUAAGAGAAUAAUUUAUUUUCGUUACUAUACGAAAAUAUGUAUUCAUACAUUCUAAUCUUAUGAUUUAUCAACAAUUUAAUAUUUCGCUUUCUAAUUGUAAAAGCGAUUAUGUGCAAAUGAAAUUCUUCUUCAAAAAAAUUAUUUAAUCGAUAUCAAUUAUAUUUAUACCAUAUGUAUUAAUAUUAAUUUCGUGCACAUUAUUUAAGUUAUUUAUGUAUUAUCAAUAAAUAAAUGUUAUUCUAAUUAAAAAGUGAUAUGUUAUAAAAAAUAUAGAAUAUAGAAUAUGAUA